AUGUUGUUGGGUAAGAGAUCCCAGCACUUGAUCCGAAAAUUCUCAGAAUUGUUAGUUUUCGGUGAAACUGCCACCGCGCUUUUGGACACAAUCGGAAGCCCAAGAAGCCCGUUUGAAAUGAAUUCAAGGAUGCAAAUCCAUUCACCAAAAUUUGGUGGUGGUGUUGGUCUUGGAAUCGUGGUGGCUCUUGAUAAAUCCGAGGAAACCGGGUACGAGGUUGUUCCAAAACAUGUUUGUACGUCACCAAUCCCAAUCCAAAAUCAAAAGCAUCCACAGAAUCAAUUUUGUGAAAACGAGAUUCUUGUUGGAAGUCCUGAAGAUUACACGUAUGUUACAUACCGUGAUGAAUCUAACAAACCCAUCACUAAGGUAUUUUAUGAUGGUGGUGAAGAAAGUAGAAUUUUGAGACAUGAUUAUUAUUAUAAUAGUAGUAAUAAUAAUACCUCGAAAAACAACAACGUUGGUGUUUUCCGAAGAUCCCCACCAACACAAACUUUCCUUGAAGCUGAACCGUCUUUUCUCACUUUGGAUUUUCUCAAUUCUUGUCAUUUAUGCAAAAUGAAUCUCGAUGGCAAAGACAUAUUCAUGUACAGAGGAGACAAAGGAUUUUGCAGCACAGAGUGUCGUUCGAAACAAAUAAUGAUGGAUGAGAGAAAAGAGAAGUGUAGAUCAGAAGCUUCAAAGGCUAUGGAGUUGCCAAGUUCUUCAUACACAAAGGAUCAAAUGUUUUCAACUGGGAUUAUGGCACUUUAG